AUUGGAAUUCUCAUUACCAAAACAUUAAUCUGUAUCUUAAACACCUUCCCUUCUAAUUAUUUUCAAUAAUCAGUUACUAAAAACCUCCGCGAAAAUGAAGCUUUCGCGGACUAGAGUGAUGGCUGUCAUCCUCCUCCUUGUCUUGGCUGUGGCCGAGGCAGCAGCCGUUGAUUACACUUCCCCUAGUGAUACAACUACUACCAGUCCUUCCACUCCCACCAAGGAGCCUAAGGAUUCCAAUGUCUCAUCCAAAGAACCAAAAGAGCCCAAAGAUAAGGAACCUAAGGAACCCAAGGAGCCUAAAGGGCCGGGGGGUACUCCACCUUAUACCCCUCCAUCACCACCCACGCCCACCCCGUCUCCACCAACACCCACUCCAUCGCCACCAACACCUACCCCGUCACCACCCACUCCCACCUCGUCACCACCAACACCCACCCGGUCACCACCCACUCCCACCCCAUCGCCACCCACUCCCACCCCGUCACCACCAACACCCACCCCGUCACCACCCACUCCCACCCCAUCGCCACCAACACCCACCCCGUCACCACCCACUCCCACCCCGUCACCACCAACACCCACCCCAUCACCACCCACUCCAACCCCAUCACCACCCACUCCCACCCCGUCACCACCAACACCCACCCCGCCUUCAUCCUCUAAUCCUAAGCAAGUAAGGUGCAUGGACAGGUACUAUUCAUCUUGCUACUAUAGGCAGUUUACUUGUCCAGCUGCAUGUGCUGAUACUUGCCAAGUUGACUGUGUUACUUGUAGUCCUGUUUGUGAUUGCAACAAGCCAGGUGCAGUGUGCCAAGACCCAAGGUUCGUAGGAGCUGAUGGAAUUACCUUUUACUUCCACGGUAAGAAAGACCAACACUUUUGUCUAGUCUCCGACUCUAACCUCCACAUCAACGCUCAUUUCAUCGGAAAGCGAACCGCCAACAUGGGAAGAGACUUCACCUGGGUCCAAGCCCUAGGUCUCCUCUUCAACAACCACAAGAUCUACCUCGGUGCCCAAAAGACCGCCACAUGGAACGAUGCCAUUGACCGUAUCUCCCUCUCCUUUGACGGCCAACCCAUUGACCUCCCAGAGGAGGAAGGUGCCAGCUGGCAAUCACCAGCUGGGGAUGUUUCCAUCACCAGAGCUAGGGCUACAAACGCGGUAGUGAUAGAGGCCGAGGGUAACUUCAAGAUCAAGGCAGUAGUUGUCCCAAUCACCGAAAAAGAUUCCUUGAUCCACAAGUAUGGUGUAACCCAAGAAGAUUGUUUAGCUCAUCUUGACUUGAGCUUCAAGUUUAAGUCAUUGAGUAGACAAGUCAACGGUGUCUUAGGUCAAACUUAUGCGAGUAACUACGUGAGUAGGGUUAAGAUGGGCGUUGCAAUGCCGGUCCUAGGAGGCGAAAGGGAGUUCCAUUCAUCCUCUAUUUUCGCUACCGAUUGCGCCGUAGCUAGGUUCAAUGGAAAUGGGAUUGAGAGCUCUGAGGAGAGUAUUGAGUUUGCUGAUCUUAACUGUGCUUCUGGUUUCAGUGGACGUGGUGUUGUUUGCAAGCGUUGAUGCAUGAAUUAAACUAACUUAAGAGUAGUAUAUAAGUUAUUACUCAUUUAAUUAUUAUCUAUUUCUACUUCUUUAAUUAUUUGAUUACCAAGGAAUCAUGUUUAAUUUGUAUGUGGCAUAUUUAUACUUUGAUCAAUUAUUUGAUUGUACAAUAAAGAAAAUUGUGAGCCUUGUAAUGUGUAAUUAUGACCACUGACCACUGUUUUAUUAUUAAUAAUAAAUUUUCAGUGUAUGUUAGUUUAAUAAAUAAGUGAAAAAAUUAAAAAUGGAACAUAAUUAAAAAUUUACGUAUGAGGACGGAGGACAGAUAAUGAUUCAAGUCAUAGUAGUUUAUAUAAGAACAAACCUUCACUUUCUGCCCACC